AUGGUGGAGUCAUGGCUGAAACCCUUCCUCCAGCACGCCUCCAGCAGCUCGUCUUCUGCCAAUUCCUCACCUUCAACUCCUUCCCACACUUCCGCACCGGAUUCCACCGCACCCGACUCCUCUGAACCCACGGAUACCCUACCCCACCGCUUUCCACCGGGCUCUGUGCGCGCGGUGCACAUCUCAUGGAUCGAGUCAUGGCUGCUGUCGACACGACCCAUUCGAUCCUGGCUGCUCAGCAGCUUGCGUGGAGCUGAGGCCAAGCAGCAAGCACGCCUGGCAGAUGCUGCCGAUUUAGAGGGCGUCGAUGGGGUGUUGACGAAUGUGUAUGCAUUUGGUGACACGUGGGAGUUCAGAAAGAGACUGGGCAUCGUCAACAGGCUCACAGGCAGUCCCUCUCCGCAUCAGCAGUCCCUCUCCGCAUCAGCAGUCCCUCUCCGCAUCAGCAGUCCCUCUCCGCAUCAGCAGUCCCUCUCCGCAUCAGCAGUCCCUCUCCGCAUCAGCAGUCCCUCUCCGCAUCAGCAGUCCCUCUCCGCAUCAGCAGCACCUCCCUCCCUCUCCGCAUCAGCACCACCUCCAGUCCCCCACAGCCUUGAACAACCCGUUGCAGUGGGAGCGGUCCCCAUCAGCAGCUUUUCUUUUCACUCUGUCCUCUGCCUGUUUCCGUUCCCUUGUCUUACCUCGCACCACCUUAUAUUCUACUUCCCUCUCCGCAUCAGCAGUCCCUCUCCGCAUCAGCAGUCCCUCUCCGCAUCAGCAGCACCUCCCUCCCUCUCCGCAUCAGCACCACCUCCGUCCCUCUCCGCAUCAGCAGCACCUCCCUCCCUCUCCGCAUCAGCACCACCUCCAGUCCCCCACAGCCUUGAACAACCCGUUGCAGUGGGAGCGGUCCCCAUCAGCAGCUUUUCUUUUCACUCUGUCCUCUGCCUGUUUCCGUUCCCUUGUCUUACCUCGCACCACCUUAUAUUCUACUUCCCUCUCCGCAUCAGCAGUCCCUCUCCGCAUCAGCAGUCCCUCUCCGCAUCAGCAGCACCUCCCUCCCUCUCCGCAUCAGCACCACCUCCGUCCCUCUCCGCAUCAGCAGCACCUCCCUCCCUCUCCGCAUCAGCACCACCUCCGUCCCUCUCCGCAUCAGCAGCACCUCCCUCCCUCUCCGCAUCAGCACCACCUCCAGUCCCCCACAACCUUGAACAAUCCGUUGCAGUGGGAGUGGUCCCCAUCAGCAGCACCAACGCCACCACUCUUUCCUAUCCAGUCUAUCCCAUGUCCCCUUCUCCUCCCCUCCCCCCCAACCCUCCCCUCCCCCCCAACCCUCCCCCCACCCCUCCCCCCCAACCCUCCCCCCCAACCCUCCCCCCCAACCCUCCCCCCCCCCUCCCCCUCUUACCCCCAACUUUGAGCGGCCCCUGUCAGUGGGAGCGGCCCCUGUCAGUGGGAGCGGUCCCUGUCAGCAAUGGCGCCACCAAUGCUCUGGGAUUUCUAGGGUCUAAACCUGCACACCCCUCCCUGCUUCCCCCCUCUCCCCAUCCUCCAUUCCCCCCAGCUUCUAGUGCCCCCUCUCAAAUGCAUCCCUAUAAGUAG